UUAUUCAUGAUAAAACUAACAAAAGCUUAUACGAGCACAGUAUUAUAUGCGACAGAGUUUCUAGGUUAUAUGCAUUACACAAACAUAUGUGAUAUUGUUGUGUUACGUCUACAUGACAGGUACAGAAACGUAAAUAUAGAUGUUGCUGUGAAAGUGUGUUUCACCUGAUUAUCUCGUUUAAUUUUAAUUAAAUUCUCUUCUAUCUAUUUCUACUUCGACGAGACUAGAAGGAUGACGGAUGAGCGAAAUUUUCGUUCGCAAUAUUAUGAAAAGGUUGGUUUUCGCAGUGUCGAAGAAAAGAAAUCUCUGGAGAUAUUGUUAAAGGAGCGCCCGCUUGACAAGACAAAGCUAAAGCAGUUUUGUUUAAGAUUCACUGUACCUGCUAUGUAUAGAAAUUUCUUAUGGAAGGUCUUACUCGAUGUUAUACCAGUUUAUUCGGAGAGUCAGGGAUUUAUAAUGACUCAGCGCAAGGCGGAAUUUCAGGAUUUGCAGAGAGCACUGAGAGUCGCAAAGAUUAUAGACGACUUUACGAAACCUCAUCUAAUAUUUUUAGCAAUGUGGUUGUUACGCAAAAGAAGAGCAAAAGUUGAUAUGGCUGCUCAAUUGGAAUCACCGUUAUACAGAGCUAUGAGCAAAAUGGCCGAGACACUGUGGUAUGUGAUUGAUAUUGAAUCAGAAGAAGAGAAAUUAGUAGAUAUGUAUUGGAUAUUGUCGGGACUUUUUGUACAAGUUGAGAAGCUACAGAAAGAAGUAGGAAAAUUGCAAGAUUGUACAUAUGCAUUACUGGAGAAAGAAGAUGUAGAAUUAUAUAAGCAUCUUGUUAAAAUUGAUGCACUUUAUAAUCUUCCAUAUGAUAUUUGGUUUUAUUCGUGUUUUGCUGGCAUAAUAUGCAAUGGAUCUAUUGCUAAGAUAUGGGAUAAAAUAACAGUUGGUGCAUAUCGAAUUUUAAUAUUCGUUGCCGUCGUUACGUUAACUACUUUGAGGCGACUAUUAUUGAGAUGCGAAAGCAUAGAUCAUGUAUUAGAUACUAUCAAUAAUAUAACAGAAGAAGCAUCAGAAGUGAUAGUUAAUAAAGCAAUUGAAUCAAUACAACAAAGUGGAACAACUCAACAAGUUGACAUGUAUUUCACAAAGCACAAUUAA